AUGGAGCAACAAGAAAAGAAGAAGAGAAAAAACUACCGAAGAAGAAGACAAUCCAAAUCAGUCUCGUCUUUCCAUAUCGAUCUAACGUCAGAGAUACUCUUACGUCUGCCUGAGAAAUCAGUUGCUAAGUUUCGUUGCGUGUCAAAGCUUUGAUCAUCAAUCACCACCGAACCAUAUUUCAUCAACUUGUUCGAAACUCGGUCCCCAAAGAUGAGUCUUCUACUCUGCUGCAGAAAAGAAGACGGGUUCUUUGUCUCCUCGAUUCCACAAUAUAAUCGUAUUUCGAACAGGUCUUCUUACUCUUCUUCUCAUCCUAUUGAUCGUCAUCAUGUGAAAUUCCCAGGAAAAUACAGUCGCUUACGUCCUACGGCAUCUGUCCAGGGCUUGAUCUGUUUUCAAGAAUCAGAGACGCUCCUAAUUUGGAACCCUAGCAAGAGACAGUUUUUAACCUUACCCAAACCUAGAAAGAGCUGGGAUGAUUUAACAGUCUUAUUAGGAUACGAUCCCAUUAAUGAUAAACACAAAGUAGUGUGCCUUUCCGAUGAUAAAGAUUGUGAUGUGUGCCGAGUUUUAACUCUGGGAUCCGCUCAAGAAUCAUGGAGAACGGUCAGAACUAACUAUAAUCAUCAUUUUUAUGAUUCAGGGCGAUGCAUCAAGGGGGUUAUAUAUUAUACUCUUAAGGCUGCCUGA